AUGUGGAAGAAUAUCUAUCAUAAAAAUCUUUAUUAUAACAAGAAUAAUUAUUAUUUAUCUUAAUAAUAAUUCUAGUUUAUCUAAAAUAAUUAUUAAAAAAAUUUCAAUACCAAAGAUUAUUUUAUUUACUUAUUCAAAACUUAAAAACUAAAUCAACUGCAGUUAAUUUAAUAAUAUAUUUAUAUUAACGUUUAUAGUAUUUUGUUAACAGCAAUAUAAAUGAAUCAAUAGCAAACAAAUGCUAGUGGAAUAAAGCUAAGAUUAAAAAAUAUCAACUUGAAAUUUGAAGAUUGUAAAAUUAAUCUUCAUGAAUGUAUUAAUGAUAAAAAAUCAACUUAUUACAUUCUUAUCAUAAAUUAGAAGCAGCUAUAGCUUGGUAUAAAAAAGAAAAAUGCACUAGCUCACCCAUAACAUCAAAUUAAUUAAUUAAUAUUUUAUUAAUAAAGAUCUAAAAAUAGCAAGAAUUAUUUAUUACAUUUAUUCACAAGGCGAGAAAUGAUAAAAACAAACAAACCAAUCUUAUUAAUUUUCUAUAUAUUAAAUUAAUCUAUUUACAUUAAAAAAUAUUCUUUUAUUAAUAUCCAAUUAUUCCUUUGGUGUUACUCUAAUAUUAUAUGUAAGGGUUAGAUUUUUUAAUGGUAUUGA